AUGCAUUCAAGGUUUCAGAAAAAUACAUUGGAGAGACGUAAUGCGAAACAGUUGAUGUUAUCGGAUGAAAUCUCAACUACUGAUGAUAAUAAGAACAAUAUUUUUAAAUAUGGAGGAUCUGACUUAUCUCUACGAAGGAACUUUAAAAAGAAACUGACUUUGAAUCAGAAAGGUAGUGAAAAUGAUAGCCAUUCAAUGGAUGAUGGUAAUCAUGCUGGAAAUGAUGACAAUAUAGAUGACAGAGAGGAUGAAAAUGCUAAUGAAAACCUUUUAAUGGAAUUUAGUCAAACAAAUAAUAAAUUAUUCUCUAGAGGUAAUCCAUUGCAUCAUUCGCAAGAUUCUUUAUUGAAAACUACUCAAAUAAAGGACAAUUGCAUACAAAUAAAUAACUCGAAUUUACAUGACUAUUCUAAAACAACAUCCGAAGAGAGUCUGAAUUAUCUGUUGAGCACUCAGAGGAAGAGUGUAAUAUCAAGCAGCAGUACGGCAACGAGUGAAAUGUCACCGGUCUCUUCAAUGCAUUCAAAAUUAAAAGGUCUUACACCAGACGGUGAAGAAGCAAUGUUCACUGAGAAAGAUAAAAAUUCUCUAAGUUGCAAUACUUCUUAUCAAAUUGACCCACAAAAUUUAGUUCAAUUGGGUAAAAUUGGUUCAGGUAAUUCCGGAACUGUCACAAAGGCUCUUCAUGUACCCAAUUCGACAAUUAUCGCCAAAAAAGUGAUUCCUGUAGAAAUGAAUAAUGAAGCUGUCAUAAAGCAAAUCAUGAGAGAGUUAACUAUAAUGAAAAGUGUUAAGACUCAUCCAAAUAUUGUAGAAUUUUUUGGUGCGUUUACCAACCAUCAUGAUAAUAAUGAGUUAGUAAUACUAUUAGAGUAUAUGAACUGUGGGUCACUGGAUCAAAUAAUAAAAAUUAAUAAAAGCAUGCAAGUAUUAGAUGAAACUCAAAACAAUCCACAUUUAGGCAUGGUAACAUGGUUCAAUGAAUUAUCUAUUUCAGUGAUCUCGUACUCCGUAUUAACAGCAUUAGAUUAUCUAUACUCUAAUUACAAAAUUAUUCACAGGGAUAUUAAGCCUUCGAAUGUGUUGAUAAAUAGUCAAGGUCAAGUUAAAAUAUGUGACUUUGGUGUCUCGCGUAAAAUGGUGAACUCUAUUGUUGAUACAUUUGUAGGUACAUCCACAUAUAUGUCACCAGAGAGAAUACAAGGUAAUGUUUACUCUACAAAAGGUGAUGUGUGGUCGUUGGGUUUAAUGAUUAUUGAACUAAUAACAGGUGAAUUUCCUUUAAAUAAUGACGGAGUUGACAAUAGUUCGCCUGAUGGUAUAUUGGAUCUUUUACAAAGGAUUGUUAAUGAACCUUCUCCUAAACUGCCUACAGCAAGCGAUAAAGAUCAGACAACUUCAGCAUAUUCUGUUGAAAUAACAGAUUUUGUGAAUAGGUGUUGCAUAAAAAGUGAGAAGGAGAGAUCCCCUAUAAAUGAACUUCUAUGUCAUGAUUUCAUAGUAAAAUAUAAUACCAAUAGUAACUCAACGCAUCAUAAUAUAAAUAGAGAAUUCAGAAGGUGGUGUAAGGACAUCAAGACGGAAAUCAAAAAGCAUAAACAGAUGAGAAGAGAAGAGAUUGAAAGAGUCAAAUAUGAAAAGAAACAACUGGAGAGAUCUGCAGAAGCUGCAUUGGCAAGAAGAUGA